AUGGGGGAGUCAUGCACAGAUAAGCAGUCCAUGAGACUUAGGUUUACAGAGGGGAUAGACGAGAGCGAAGGCUGGGAUCCAGGACAGAAAAUCUGUAACAGGAGGCACAAAGAGGGACAGAUGCAACAGGCAGGUCUGGAAUCAUACCUGACACAUACACCCAAAGACAAUUAUCGUAUUGGCCAGCUGUACAUGAUCAGCAAACACAGCCACGAACAAAGCGAACGAGGUGAAGGUGUGGAGGUGGUGCAGAACGAGCCCUAUGAUGAUCCUGAGCACGGAUCUGGACAGUUCACAGAAAAACGGAUCUACCUCAACAACAAGCUGCCCAGCUGGGCUCGAGCAGUGGUUCCUAAAAUUUUCUAUGUCACAGAGAAGGCUUGGAACUAUUACCCAUACACCAUCACAGAGUACACAUGCUCCUUCCUGCCCAAGUUUUCCAUCCACAUAGAGAGCAAAUAUGAGGACAACAAAGGAAGCAAUGAUAAUAUCUUUGGAAGUGAGCCAAGAGAGGAGGAAACAGAGGUGUGUUUUGUGGACAUCGCCUGUGAUGAGAUUCCUGAGCGCCACUACAAAGAAUCCGAGGACCUUAGAUAUUUUAAAUCGAAGAAGACCGACAGAGGGAAUCUCCAGGAAGGAUGGAUCAACACCCAGGACCCCAUCAUGUGCUCGUACAAACUUGUUACAGUGAAGUUUGAAGUGUGGGGACUACAAACACGUGUGGAACAGUUUGUGCACAAGGUGAUACGAGAUGUUCUUCUUCUAGGACACAGGCAGGCCUUUGCCUGGGUGGAUGAGUGGAUUGAUAUGACCAUGGAGGAGGUGAGGGAGUAUGAGCGUACCACUCAGAAGGCUACCAAUCUGAAAAUUGGCACCUUCCCCCCAUCCAUUGCCAUCUCAGAGACGCCUCUGCCGUCCAGCGCCCGCAGCGGCCCCAACAGCGCACCAACAACUCCCCUCUCCACCGAAGCUCCGGACUUUCUGUCUGUGCCAAAGGAGCGACCAAGAAAAAAAUCAGCUCCAGAGACCUUGACCCUGCCUGAUCCAGGACGCAGGGAUUCACUCUUCAAGCUGCCAAGUUUUUUCUCCUGGAACUCCAGUCCGCAACCAGAAUGAGGGUUAGGCCUAGACUUUAACCUGUGAAUCACUAGAGGAUGCUUGCUUUGCACAUCCAACGAUGCCCCAACUACUCCCUGGCCAGUUUUAAGUGACAGAGGCUUUCCGCAGAUCUGGUCAUCCCCACCCCCUCAGUAGAGUUGCAGGUGUUACAGCAGUCAGCAGCUCUGAGGCUGCCUUUACGGGUAGAGAGUCCGCCCCUUCAAAAUACCCAAGUCAUUUGAGGAGUCAAAGCAGAGUUUGUUCCAACAUAGAAACCGAAAAGGAGCUGCAACCUCCAUGUCUUAGAUGUAGAACAUCCAUCCCAGUUUACAGAGAACAAACCUCGUUUCCAUUCAAACUCAGUGUCUAGAUAUUUUCAGGGUUUCAGUUAGUUCACAUUAUGUACAGAAUUAGAUUUUUGCUGUUUCACCCUCUUCUGAGUCUGUGGCUUUAUUACCUGAAGCUUUUUAAUCUGUGUUUCUAUUCAUCUGGAAAAGGUAAUGACAAUGUGAUAGUGAAACAUUAAGAGUUAUAAACUCAUAUGUACAGUGAUUGAGUGAUGUAUAUACUGUAUGAACAUGAAUUAAACAAUAAAUUGUAAACACUUAAUUUGAACUUCUGUGAUGAAGUAGCUAUGAUUUAUGUUGCAUUCUUUGCCAGACUAAUUUUUCCGUGUAUCUAUAGUGACUUAUCUCUGCCAUGUGAAUCUCUCUUGGUGCCAUAAUGCUUUAAAAUAUUUAAUAAUUGAUUGUUUUGUCUUUUGCUCUCAUACUGGAUGUGUUUUACCCAUGGUUUUAUGACUGCUCAUGCAGUGUCCUCUAGAUGUGACUUUGUCUCCCUUCAUUUUCAGAUAAAUAUAAUUUUUGUAUGCAUUAAAAUUAAA